AUGACGACGACAACAAAAAACGACGCAAGCAGCAACGCGAUGCUUGGUAGCAUGGCGUCAAACGACGGAUUCAGCGGAAUCACCAAAUUCAAUGGCGAAGACAAGACGUAUUCCUCGGCGAAGUGGGCCGCUGACAUAGAGGAUAAUGCCGAGAUAUUCGGAUGGACAGCCCAGCAAAAGCUCAUUGUCGCUCGACGGUCGCUUGUUGGUACGGCUGAGUUGUGGCUGAGGACGGAGAAGACGUUUAAAACAUUCGAUGAACUGAGUGCUGCCUUACAAAAGGAAUUUCCCGAUGCAUUGAACAGCAAGGAAAUGCACGAGCUGAUGGCUACGAGGAAGAAGAAGAAAGAUGAGACGUACUACCAGUAUAUGCUAACUAUGAAGGAGUUGGGCAAAAGAGCCAAGUUUGCCGACUACGUCGCGAUUCAAUAUAUCGUUGACGGCAUUACUGACUAUGAGAAUAACAAGGCUAUCUUAUACGGUGUCACUACCUAUUCUGUUCUAAAGGAGAAGUUGGCCAUUUACGAGAAGAUGAAAUCCAAGACGGUAAAGAAGACUGAAGUCGAAAGUAAAACGCAAAAUGUGUUUUCAUCUUCACGUGAGAAGAAAGAGACGGCGAGACCCGAUGGUCGCAGUUGCUACAACUGCGGAGACAAGAAUCAUCUCGCAAAUCGGUGUCCCAAUGGCGUGAAAUGUUUUCGUUGUAACAAUUUCGGCCAUAUUGGAACGGAAUGCCGAUCUUCUACUACGACGAGGCAUCAACAACAACAGGGCGGGAGCCGCGGAAGCGGAAACGGCGCCUCCGGUCAGCGGACGAUGUGCGUAUCGGUCAUUCCAGAAGAUGGCGCUGCCGCUGCAGUGAACGGUGAACGCGAACGACGCGGAACGAACGAAGUGAACGAAGCCGAAGGAACGGGAUCGUGUAACUGUCAAUGUCAAAGUCAAAGUGUCAUGCGAGUAAAUGUAAACACAAACAGUGCGGUCAGUGAAUCUCUGUGUAAUUCGAAUAAAUCAGUGAAAUUAGUCAAAAUAAGUGAUGUAGACGUUGAGGCCUUGAUAGACUCGGGCAGCGAUGUCAACCUGAUGUCGUCGGAGCUGUUGUCCCGGCUUAACAAAGCUGGACAUGACGAGGACAACGAGGACAAGGUGAUGCUCACUGGACUGGGUGCAUCUAGGGUAUGUUCCGUGGGAAAGUUCCAUACUACGAUCAAAGUUGAUGGUAAAUAUUUUGAUACUGUAUUCUAUAUUGUUCCAUGCGGUGUUAUGCCAUACGAAGUCAUAUUGGGUCAACCAUUUCUGUUGAAUACAACUGUGUUGUUAGACAAAGGUACAGUUAAGCUCAUGGCACAAACUGAAGGUGGUCAGUACAUGUUGUGUUUACCUAUUGAGGCUGAUGAACCUUUAUGUAGUAAUCCAGAGGUACAGGAACUUGUUGCUAGUUACAAGCCCAUGUUUACUAAAGAGGCUCCAAUAAAGUUGAAGAUUAUUUUAAAAGAUGAAGUGCCUGUAGCUCAGCGUCCACGAAGGUUAGCUAUCAAAGAGGAAGAAGUUGUUAGGCGUCAGGUGGAAGAGUGGUUAGCUAAGGAGAUAAUAAGACCUAGUUAUUCUGAGUAUGCAAGUCCUUUAGUAUUGGUUACAAAAAAAGAUGGUAGCAUUAGGGUUUGCGUAGACUAUAGGAAAAUUAACCAAAAGAUGAUUAAAGAUGAAUACCCAUUGCCGGUUAUAGAUGAUCACAUAGACAAGCUGAGUAAAUCUAGGGUAUUUAGUACUUUAGACUUGAAAAAUGGAUUUUUUCAUCUGCCAGUAGAAGAAGAAUCAGUUAAAUACACGGCGUUUGUGACAAGCAGCCCUGAAGGACAGUACGAGUUCCUCCGAGCUCCUUUUGGACUUUCUAUAUGUCCUAAAUACUUCAGCCGAUUUAUUAACAUCAUUUUCAGAGAGCAGAUUGCUAGUGGAAUAGUGCUAAUAUUCAUCGACGAUGUUAUAAUUCUGGCAGAGAAUGAAGAAGAAGCUAUUGAAAGACUGAAGAUAGUAUUGAAAGUGUCGUCUGAGUACGGACUUGAAAUUAAUUGGAAGAAGACACAGUUAUUACAAAGAAAAGUUGAAUAUUUGGGUCACGUCAUUGAAGAUGGUACAGUGAAGCCUUCACCAAGCAAAACAGAAGCAGUCAGAUGUUUCCCAGAGCCAAAGACAGUAAAACAAGUUCAUAGUUUUGUGGGUCUUACCUCAUACUUCAGGAAGUACAUUGAGAAUUAUGCAGUGAUAGCGAGGCCUCUCACAGACUUACUUAAGAAGGAGAAAGAAUUCUACUUUGGUGAAGAGGAAAGACACGCUUUUGAAGUAUUGAAGACUAAACUAUGUAGUGAACCGGUACUGAAGAUAUAUGAAGUUGGUCUUGACACGGAGAUGCACACAGAUGCCUCAAAAUAUGGAUAUGCAGCCAUUUUGAUGCAGAAGGAGAAAGAUGGGAAGUUACAUCCAGUACACUACAUGAGUAGAAAGACUAGCGAGACGGAACAAAGAAACUAUACAAGUUAUGAACUCGAAGCUCUAGCAGUUGUCGAAGGAGUGAGAAAAUUCAGGAAGUAUUUGUUUGGAAUACACUUCAAGAUAGUCACUGAUUGUGCAGCAUUUCAGAAGACGCUUUAUAAGAAAGAAGUAUCAGCCAAGGUGGCAAGAUGGGUUUUAUUCCUACAAGAUUUUGAUUAUGAAGUGGAACACCGAGCUGGAGCUAAGAUGUCUCAUGUGGAUUCAUUAAGCAGAAACCCUCACUGUUAUCUGAUACAUUCAGAAUUACAUGCACGGAUAUGUAAAGCACAAAAGGAAGACAGCGACUUAAGUGUGUUAAGAGAAGUACUGAAUGAGAAGACAGAAUACAAGGAUUUCUACAUAGAAAAUGACUUGAUAUACAAAGGUGUAGAGAAAAAGUUGGUAAUACCCGACAUCAUGGAGACCGAAAUCAUAAAGAGAGCACAUGAAAUUGGACAUUUUGGGAAAAAGAAGACCAUGGACAUAAUAGAUAAAGACUACUACAUAAAAGACCUAGCCAAGAAGAUAGAUAGAGUGAUUUUAGGAUGUGUACCAUGCAUAUUAGCAAGCAAGAAGGAAGGGAAACAAGAAGGAUUUCUCAGUCCAAUAGACAAAGGAGAGCUGCCACUAGAGACGUUACAUAUUGAUCAUCUUGGACCAUUGGAUGCAACCAAGAAAAUGUACAACUAUAUCUUAACAGUAGUAGAUGCAUUCACGAAGUUUGUCUGGAUUUACCCUACUAAGACGUUGACUGCAAAGGAAACUGUAGAGAAGCUGAGGCUACAUCAGAAGGACUAUGGUAAUCCAACGAGGUAUAUUACUGAUAAGGGAGCUGCCUUUACUGGACAAGAAUUUAAAGAUUACUGCCAAGAAGAAGGGAUUCAACAUCAUGCUGUAACAACUGGUAUACCAAGAGGAAACGGCCAAGUAGAACGCGUCCACAGGAUUAUCAUAUCUGUUUUGACCAAGAUGUGCAUUGAAGAACCUACUCACUGGUAUAAACAUGUUAGUAAGGUGCAAAGAGUGAUAAAUGGCACUUAUCAAAGGUCGAUUAACACAUCACCAUUUAACUUGCUUACCGGUACAAAGCUGAAGCAGAAAGAAGAUAUAAAGCUCAUAGAAUUAUUAGAUGAAGAAUGCAGACAACAUUUCAUGGAAAGGAGAGACAAUGUAAGACAAGCAGCUAAAGUACAGAUAUUGAAGGUUCAAGAAGAGAACAGAAGAACUUAUAAUAGGAAAAGGAAAGAAGCUCUGGACUAUGUAGUUGGGGAUAUUGUAGCCAUACAGAGAACUCAAUUCGGUAAUACUUUGAAGCUUAAACCAAAAUUUCUCGGACCUUAUCAAGUAGUAAAGAAAGUAGGUAAAGGUAGGUACCAUGUAGAGAAAGUUGAUCUUAAUACUGAAGGACCUAGGAAAACCUCAACGGGUGUAGACUACAUGAAAAUGUGGCCAUGA